CCAUCGUCGCCAUUUUCCUUGUUGUAGGCGCCUCAAAUGUCAUAAUAAUUUCAUUUUUCAGUAAAUUAAGUUUUCUUUAAUGUUUUGCGUUCUUUCUUCUGUUUUAUUGAUGUCUACGUCUAAUUUCCGGCCUAAUAUUGUGUUAUUUGCAUUAAAUUUCUCAAAUUGUGUUAGCGAUUUCUGCCGACACUCCAAGGAUAUAAUUGAUGUUUUACAAUGAGAGAUCAUCUUCGUAAAAGGUAGCGAGUUACUAAGACGCCCACAAAACGCUGUGUAAAGGGUCGUUUAGUGUAAAGGUCCAUUUGUGAUAGUGUUAGUUAAAUAAUGGAAAGUUGAAGUGGUAUUAUUGAGAAGUUUGCAUUGUAUGUGACACAAUGAGCGAUUCGCCAGGAGUAGAGUGGCUCCCGGCGUACAGCCCAGGACCACCGCGGCACAGCCCCCUUGGUCCAAUUCCUCGCUUUCUUUAUGAAGAUGUACAACCGCCACUAUUACAACAGGAAAAUAACAACAAGGAAAUUGACCAGAAACAAGACAAAAAUAAAAUCAAACACGCCAAACCUGCUUAUAGCUAUGCGAGUAUGAUUAGAUUGGCUAUCAGCAGCUCGCCCAAUGGAAAGAUGACCUUGAAUGAGAUAUACAACUACAUCUGCAACGCCUUCCCCUAUUACAAGGAGGCUGGCAAGGGCUGGAUGAACUCUAUCCGUCACAACCUGUCCCUGAACAAAUGCUUUAUGAAGGUGGCUCGCAGUAAAGACGACCCUGGCAAGGGUUCCUACUGGGCUAUGGACACCAGCUACAAGAUGGCUGAGGUCACUCCCAGGAGACGGCGCAGUCUACGAAUGGCGCCCUACAGUCCAGAGUGUAGUUCCAACAGUUCAGGAGAGGCCGGCGCGUCUGGAGUGGACGCCGCGCCCACGCCGCCCGCUACGCCCACGACGCCCACCGCGCCCACCACACCUACGACGACCACCGUCCUCAAAGAGGAGCCACUGGUCAAAGGGGAACCCAACUUGGAGCACACUGACGACGCGCUGUCCGCCCUCAUGGACGACGAGCUCAUCACGGACGCCGAUAUCAGCAGAGAGAGCUGGUGGUGGUCGGGUGCGAGGCGGCACGUUUGUGUGGUGAGACACAGCGCCCUCACCGACGACUACGGCAACUUCCUGGACCUGCGUCACCACUGCGACUGUCCUCCGGACACACCGGACACCGCCGACCUCGCCGCGCAGGCGCCCACGACCGCGCUCACCCCGCCCUGGCACGCCUUAUAACACGAGACACACAUAUCACACAGACAUUGAUGAAUACAUACAUAUAUAUUAUAUUAUAUUGUCUUUACCGAUAUUCAGAAACUUCAAUAUUAAUGUACAUAGUUGUGAGUGUGAACCGUUUGAGGGAUAGUACUGUCCUAUUGUGAGUAGAUACGGUUCAACAAUACGUGUAACAGAGGUCCAGUUUGUGGAACGUUGUAUGGGACUCCCACAACACAGGGAUCCAGCUAGUAGGAGACUUGGGACUCGUGUCAAUUUCGACCAUUAGAAAGUUUGGACCCAGUUAGUGCUAGCUCUUACAAUGUAACGGAUAGGUGUAAAUGUAUGUAAAGAUUGUUAGGGUGGGAUAUAUAUUAGGUGUAAAGUAUAGUAGCCACUGUAUGCCAGUAUUUUGUCAAGGAACGUAUUUUCUUUGUUAUUUGCCGUCUACAAGGUUUGAUACGAGACGCGUCGCAGUGAGUAGCUCCAACUGACUGAUGUACUGUCAAUAACAUAUCUGCCAACUGAUUCAUACGAUAGACUAGUGUCUAGUUAGUUACCUCUAUAGCAAGUAAUAUAACGUAUUGGACGCCGCUUUUUUACUUGAAUAGAAAUAUUUUAUAUGAAUUGUUUGAGGUAUUUUUCCUUUUUUUGGAAGAGCGAUUAUAUUCCAAGGUGAAAGAAGCGGCGUUCGUGUGCCGGGAGCGCGGGAGCUCUCCGAAUACUUACAUAUUUUAGGUUUUACUUUAUUAACUCAUACGACAAAGCGUUUCACACACGACUCGCGCAAUCCGUGUGGACGUCAUCGCAGUUUCAAACCGGAACAUUAAAGCUGAAUCACACUUAACAUAUGUAACAUGAACAGCCAAAUAUCGAAGCCAGUCGGAUCGGAUCUCAAGACGACCAGUAUAACUAAAAAAUAACUAAUCCUUAAGUAACCUUAGUCCUUUGAUAAAAAACGUACGGUUAUUGUCGUUUAACCGAUGCUUAUAUACGUAAUUGUAUUGUCGAUAGUCGGGCCUAUCAGUAUCAGCUGUCAGCGGCCGAGCGUCGCGUGCCAUAGAUAAAAAAAAUGUGUUCACGAAUUAGAUAUACAUAUACAUAAUGUUUGUGGGAUGUGUUUACACUACGUCCGGCACGCAUCUAUAUACUUAUAACUAAUUGUAAGCGAAAUAUAAAUAUAUUGUAAUAUUUUGUGUUCUUUAUAUUUCGCGCGUUUUUUAAAACGCCCGCGACGUGUCCUGUUGUAAUUGUCGUUUGAUAAUAGAUUGGCUCCCAAAACAACAUUCCUUGCUUUCGAUAAUAAAAUUCUAAAACAUAUAUGUUACUAAUAUUAUUAACACUUGUAAUUAUUAUUUCGGAUUCUAGUAUUUUUAAGUAUUCUUAUAAAACAUGAUCGUUUCAAAUCAAUAUUAUAUUACUUUGAAGACUCGGUGCGUUAUGUAAGUUGCCAUCGUUUUAUUUUGAUAUUUAUUUUUUUUCUGUGAUAAAAAAAGAAACUUCAUUUAUGAAGAAAAUUAUUAUUUACAUUUCAACCUUUAUCGUCAUGCAUAAUACGAGAGCGGAUCGAGACUGUCAACUGUCGACCGACGCUUGACGUGUCGAGACGUACCUACCUACUGAUGUCGUAAAACUAACUAAGUAAUAUUAAAGUUAGUGGGUGUAUAUUAUUAUAGUUUGUGUACUAAAAGGUUAUUUUCCGAGAUCGCUGGUGUUGACCAGCGUGUCGCUGUGCUGUGUCGACUCUGUCGGUGCUCGUGGGUUCGGGAACCUGCUCCGCCUAUAGAUGAUAUUAUCGCGGUGAAUUAUUUGAAUUUAUAAUUUGUAUUGGAAUUCUUGUCCGCUACCAUUUAAUUUUAAGAGUAGAAUGUUCUACCUCUAAAAUCAUAGUUGAUGUACAAUAAUAUAAACUUUUAACAAAU